CACACACACAUACACACAUCUUUAUUGCUACAGAGGUCACUCAACCCAGGGGGAGGAAACACCGUCUCUGACAGAGCUGAGACAAUUUAUCUGGAUGGACAGGAAGCCAGUGACACCUGUCAAUCAAGUCUGGCCAAACCUGUACAUUGGAGAUGAGUCUGUGGCCAGAGAUAAGACCACACUCUCGUCUCUGGGUGUAACUCACAUACUGAACGCUGCGGCUGGUCGACACCGGAUCAACACAGGUCAGCAGUAUUAUAGUGACCUUGGAGUGGAGUACCAUGGCGUUGAAGCUGUGGACCAUCCGGAGUUUGACCUUCGACCUUUCUUCAGCCCAGCUGCUCAGUUCAUAGAUGGCGCUCUGAAGAAAAAUGGUCAGCGUUUGCAAACAUGACAGCCAUUCAUAAUGAACAGAGGAGCAUAAUACACUUUUUGAAGACACAGAAAAAUGACCACAUGAGUUUUGAAGUGGAAUCUUACGACACAAACAAAGAAGAAAGACAUCCCAUUAGAUGCUAGACCUUUCACACCAUUCAGGAUUUUCUAACAGUAAAUUAUAGGUAUGAAAGAUGUGUGAAUGGGUGAAAGCUGUAGUAUAAAGCAGCUCAUCAAGACUAGAAAAGCUCUAUAUAUGCAGACCAUUACCAACUCUUCUUCUUUUGAUUUUAUUUGGUAAUAACGAGUAACAAAGAUAAGAAAAGAGAUGAAAUGUAGUGGAUUAAAAGUAAAAGUUGCUAGAAAUACAAAUAACAAAGUAAAAUGCAUAUACGUGAACGUUACAAUAACAAAGUA